CUCUGUUUAUUUCGUUAACCGAAUAAGCCCUAUGAUCCCCAUUGAGUUAAUUGUGCUUUCUGAAAACUUGGAUGGAACUUACUCUUUCCUAUUAGCAUCCGUACGCUUUCUCUUUGAACUCAGGUGGUGGUGUCACAUGAGGACAGUUUGACAGUUGGAACUUUAAACAGUGCGCUUCACAGUCAAUCAUCAACAUGGCAGGCAUCGGCAGGCUCUCCACCAAGGAUACGGUGCUUCUCCUGUGCGACAUGCAAGAGAAGUUCCGACCCAACAUCUUCCAAUUCACCAACAUUGUUAGCAAUGCUGCCAGAUUGCUCCAGGCCAGCCGGAUUCUGGGGAUCCCUGCUAUCCUGACUGAGCAGUAUCCGAAAGGUUUGGGCCCCACAGUGCCGGAGCUGGGAGCGGAGGGCCUGACAGCUCACGCAAAAACGUCCUUCACCAUGAUGAUAGAGGAGGUGCAGAAGGAGAUGCAGGCUCUGGGGAACCCCAAGCAGGCCAUCCUGUGUGGCAUCGAGGCGCACGCUUGUAUUGCGGUAAACACAUUUGCGACCGCUUCAGGAAAUCUGUCAAAAGCUCCGUCUGAUUCACCUUUGCUCUUUUCGCAGUGUACGGCAUUCGAUCUACUGGAAAAGGGAACUGAAGUCCACAUCGUGUCGGACGCCGUCUCGUCGCGGAGCCAGACAGACCGCUUGUUCGCUCUGUCCCGCCUGAAGCAGAGCGGCGCCUUCCUCACCACUACCGAGGCCGUCCUACUGCAGCUGGUCCAAGGCGCCAAGCACCCCAACUUCAAGGAGAUCCAGCAGCUUAUGAUGCAGCCAUCCCCAGACACUGGCCUCCUCGCCUAUUUCAGUGCGCUCUAAGAAGAAACAAAAGAACAUUUCCCAACAACACAUAUUUCCAAAGCAAUCUACAUGCGGAGUCCUUCAAUAAAAGGAUGUUGCAUUAUUAAUCGG